GGUUGGCAUCAUCGCCAUUAGAUAAACACAACCCUUCUCCUCUAUAAAAAGAGACAUGCAAGGCAAAUUCUUGUUGUUUCUAUCACAAGCUGGUACCAUCUCUGCUAGGAAGAGAAACCGAAAUGGUGGAGAAAAAGCAAGAGGACGGCGUCGGAGCAGGAUGCCCAAUAGUGGAAGUGAAUCCAAAGCCGCAAAAAGGACUGACUUCAAAACUCGUCGACUACUUGGAAAAGCUGGUUAUGAAAUUGAUGCGUGAUACCUCUGAACCACAUCCUUAUCUCUCCGGUAACUUCGCUCCGGUUCUUGAAGAAACUGCUCCCGUUAAGGACCUUCCUGUCGAAGGUCACCUCCCUGAAUGCAUGAAUGGGGAGUUUGUGAGGGUGGGUCCUAACCCGAAGUUCGCACCCGUGGCUGGAUACAAUUGGUUUGAUGGCGACGGAAUGAUUCAUGGUCUGCGCAUUAAGGAUGGAAAGGCAGCAUAUGUCAGUCGAUAUGUCAAGACAUCACGACUUAAACAAGAAGAGUUUUUUGGAGGUGCCAAGUUUAUGAAGUUUGGAGACCUCAAGGGGCUGUUUGGAUUACUUAUGGUUAACAUACAAAUACUUCGACUGAAAACAAAAGUAUUGGACAACUCAUAUGGAAUUGGGACCGGCAAUACAAAUCUCAUUUAUCACAAUGGAAAACUUUUAGCACUUCAAGAGGCUGAUAAACCCUACGUGGUUAAAGUUAUGGAAGAUGGAGACCUGCAAACUCUUGGCCUGUUGGACUACGACAAAAGACUAAAACAUCCUUUCACUGCUCAUCCAAAGGUGGAUCCAUUCACUGGAGAGAUGUUUACCUUUGGGUAUUCACAUGAACCACCAUAUGUGACAUACAGAGUCAUUUCAAAGGAUGGUGUCAUGCAUGACCCUGUACCAAUAACAAUAUCAGACCCCAUCAUGAUGCAUGACUUCGCAAUUACAGAGAACCAUGCAGUUUUUUUGGAUCUUCCUUUGUACUUCCGACCAAAGGAAAUGGUGAAAGAUCAGAAGUUCAUAUUCACAUUUGAUGCAACGAAAAAAGCUCGUUUUGGUGUCCUUCCACGAUAUGCUAAGGAUGACCUCCUAAUCAAAUGGUUUGAGCUUCCAAAUUGCUUCAUAUUCCACAAUGCCAACGCCUGGGAGGAGGAGGAUGAGAUCGUUUUAAUCACUUGCCGCCUUCAAGAUCCAGGUUUGGAUGUGGCCAAUGGGACUGUCAAAGAAAAGCAUGAGAAUUUUGUAGAUGAACUGUAUGAGAUGAGAUUCAAUAUGAAAACUGGUGUAGCUUCACAAAAGAAACUAUCAGAAUCUGCUGUUGAUUUUCCCAGGGUGAAUGAGAGUUACACUGGCAGGAAACAAAGAUACGUAUACGGAACCCUUCUGAACAGCAUUGCAAAGGUCACAGGGAUUGUCAAAUUUGAUCUACAGGCAGAGCCUGAGCCAGGAAAAGAAAAGAUUGAAGUUGGAGGAAAUGUCAAAGGCAUCUUUGACCUUGGUCCUGGUAGAUUUGGUUCAGAGGCUGUAUUCGUCCCUCAUAAGCCAGGCACCACUUCUGAGGAAGAUGAUGGAUACCUGAUAUUCUUUGCACAUGAUGAAAGUACUGGAAAAUCAUCAGUGAAUGUAGUUGAUGCAAAAACAAUGUCGCCCAAUCCUGUUGCAGUUGUUGAGUUACCACACAGAGUUCCGUAUGGGUUCCAUGCCUUCUUUGUUUCAGAGGAACAACUUCAAGAACAGGCAGAACUGUAAUUGCGCAGCAGAAUGUCUAGACAACCAUUUCGGCAUGAGAUGGCAGACCAUCUGUCAAACGGAGAACAGGAAGCAAAGCAACUGUUGUUUGUCACUGUUAUAAACACCUCCUCAUCUACCAGAGAGUUGGAUUUCAACUGUCAUGUUUCAUACUCAACUUUACG